UGGAGCACCGGGCCCUGGUCGGAGUGCUCAGCCAGCUGUGGGGAAGGGGUCCAGACCCGGACCGUCACCUGCAGAACUCAGCAGGGCUCUCAGGCUCAAGAAUCCUCCUGCCUAACGCAGCCGAAGCCGUCGGCCACCCAGCCCUGCCUCAAGGAGAACUGCAUCCAGGAAAUUGGUUGGCACGUUGGAGACUGGGGCCUGUGUUCCAAGAGCUGCAGUUCAGGCAUCCGGACACGCCAGGUCAUCUGCGCCGACGGCGACUCCAAAUUCUACAGCCCUGAGACGUGCAGAGCCAUCCAGCCCCAGAAACCAGCCACCCUGGGGAGCUGCAACACGCAGCCCUGCUACCUGCCGCAGCAGGUCCCCAGCAUGCAGGACACUAUGGGAUACGAUGUCACCCGCCAGUCCUCGCUGACACGUUACAACCCAAACAGCCCCGCUGCAGAUUCUGGUGAUGAAAGGAUACUUGGUGGGAGCUCCACAAUCCGUAGUACGUCUGGGAAUGACCACCUCCCAUCCACCAAGGACCUUGGCAUCAAUGUGUUGCCCGUUCGUUGGGAAUCCCAGUCACGCUCCUCGGGUUCCCAUCAGCUCAGCUUCUCUCAGGACCCCUCUGCAGGGACUGGCUCUCAGGACUGUCACCAGAGCCCCCACGGCUGCUGUCCAGAUGGGCACACUCCAGCUUCAGGCCCUCUGGGCAGAGGUUGCCCCUCCAGCAACUGUCACCGAAACAGGUACGGAUGCUGUCCUGAUGGCGUGUCGGCUGCCCGGGGUCCAAACAACAUGGGAUGCCCACAAUAUCACCGUGAUGUUCAAGUGAGCAGAGAUGAGCCCACUGCGGGCUCUCCAACAGCAAGCCCAGCCCAGGCCCAGCAGCGCCCCCCGGGCGAGUGCCGCAGCUCCACGUACGGCUGCUGUGCUGACAACGUCGCGUCGGCGUCAGGCCCUCGAGGGGAAGGGUGCCUCAGGAGCCCCAGCUACCCCUAUCCUGUCAUGUGCCAGCUGCCCAGUGCCCACGGACCCUGCACGAACUGGACCACUCACUGGUACUUCGUGGCUGUUGUUGGCAAGUGCAACCGGUUUUGGUACGGUGGCUGUCACGGCAACAAAAACAACUUUGCCUCAGAGGAGGAGUGCAUGAGAGUGUGCCACGGGUCGGUGGGGGUCAGUCCUCUGGAGCACCAGCCCUCUUCUGGCACAGGGGCCCUGCCACACCAGCACUCUGGUCCCUGCCACACCAGCACUGGCUCUCACACGGGGGACGCUCGGGGUCAGCCGCAGCCACCCCCGAGAGCGUCUGCAAGUCACAGCCAGGAAGGAAGAGCUUAUGGGGCUGCCCGAGACAGCCACGGGCAGGACGGCCGGAGAAGAGAGGUGCUGCCAGAGCCUUCCCCAAGGGGUGGUGUGCUGGAGAGCCAGCGCUGGGGCACCCAGCGGAGCAGACUGGAGAGCCUGAGCCAGCGCUCCUGGGAGGCGGCAGCGCCCGGAGCAGCCGAGAGGCAGGAGGGCCAGCACAGGCACGAGGCUUUCGGAGCAGAUCCUGCCGUGCCAGAGGGACUUGGGCACCAGGCGUCUGCAGGCUUGUUCCCAGCACGGGCUCUGCACAGAGCCAUCCUGGAGGAAGCCAAGCCCUCUCUGGUGACAGCAGCUGUGGGACAAAACAUCCAGCUGAUCUGCAAGACAGGCCUGUCCCCCUUCCCCAGAGUGGAGUGGAUGAAGGACGGCCGACCGGUCUCCUCAGACAGGCUCUCCCACCAGUCCGACAGCUCCUUGGUGAUCAGCCACGUCAGGCCGGAGGACGCGGGGACUUACACGUGCCUCCUCUCUGGUGGGACGGCAGAGAGGCGAGAGAUUCGGCUGCAGAUCAUAGAGUACCAGGGUGCUGUUCUGGCUGAGGGUGAGAGAGGUCGGGGCCUCCACAAGGAAAACCAGCAUCGAGAGCGGUCCAGAGGCAGGCAAGUUGUACAGGCAGCAGGUCCCUCUGCACGUCAGCCACUCACAUACAGGUUGAGGAUGGAUAAGAGCGAGCCCUCAGUAGUGGAGGCCAAUGUCGGGGACAGGGUCAGACUGCCCUGCACGGUGGAGGCAUCGCCGGCUCUCACCAUCGAGUGGCAGAAGGGUGGGCAGCCCCUCUCCUCUCCCAGACACAGGCAGCAGUCGGACGGGGCCCUGGUGAUCAGCAGGGUCAGCUCUGAAGAUGUUGGCUUCUAUACCUGCAUUGCCUCAAAUGGACGCGACCAGGACCGGCGCCAGGUCCUGCUCCGGCCUCUAGGAGAGCUGAGGAUCACGGGUCUUCUGCCAAGCAUCACGGUACCCGAGGGAGGGACUGCUCAGCUGCACUGCACAGUGACUGGAAGCAACGUGAAUAUAAGGUGGUCAAGGAAUGGAGUCCCCAUGCGGGCAGAUGGCCACCACAUCCACCUGUCCCAGGAUGGAAGCCUGAUCAUCAGCAACGUUCAAGAGGCUGAUGAAGGAUCCUACACCUGCAGUGCCUACAGCAGCAGCAACAACUCCGUCAGUGCCAGCACAGAGGUGAAAGUGCUGAGGAGCAGACCUAGCA